GCGCAGCGCGCUUGUGGCGCAACACAGGGUCGGCGCCCGCGCCGCUCCCUCGCUACAAAUAACAGAAAUUUCGGCGCCGCCGCACAUUUACCAACAGACACCCAAUCGAUGCUAACUUCGCAAAUAAACUCUGCAUCUAAAUAGAUCACAGUCUCACGUGCGAAAAUGAAGGUGUUUCUGGCUUUAACGAUCUGUCUGGCUAUGACACAAGGGCGUGUUACGCCCGACUACUUUCCGCAAUGCAAGAAGAGUGACCCAGAAAUAAACAAGUGCAUCAUGCAGGCCAUCGAGGUGAUGCGGCCGCGCCUGCGCGAUGGCAUUCCUGAGGUGAACAUCCCGGCGCUGGAGCCGUUCGCGGUGCCCACGCUGAAGCUGGACCGCACGCAGCCCAACCUGCGGCUGAAGGCGGUCGUCAAGAACAUCCGCGCCCUCGGCGGCUCCAACUUCGUCGUUGAGAAGCUUAAGUUGAACUUAAACAACAAGUACGCGGCGGAGGUGCGCCUGUCGCUACCGCACCUGGCCGUGUCGGCGGACUACGACGUGCGCGGCUCGCGCCUGCUCGUGCUCGAGAUCGACGGCAAGGGCAAGCUGCGCGGCAACUUCACUGGAAUAUCUGUGAUCGCUAAGGGUGCGGCUAAGGUGGUGGAGAAGGAAGGCGUCCGCUACCUGCAGGCGGACAAGAUCGUCACGCGCGUGAAGGUUGGACACGGGCAGGUCGCCUUCGACGACACGGAGCGGCCUUUGGCAGCGGCUUCGGCGGCGAACUUCUUCAAUGCCAGCCCAGGCGUGGUGCUGGACAUCCUGAGCCCGCUGGUGGACGAGACGGCGGCGGCGGUCCUGAAGGCCUUCCUCAACAAGGUGCUGGCCAAGAUCCCCCUGCACGAGGUCCUGCUAGAGGACGACCAUGCGUCGCCCUCUUAUGGCAUGCCAUUUUAAGAUUGAUUUAACCAUUACCUAUUUAACAUUUACAAAUUAUCAUAUAAGUUAUUUGUAGGAAUAUUUUAACUAUGAAAUUUUCUUUGUCCUCUUAAGGACACCAAAGAGUUCUUGUGUACCUGCUAUUGUAGGAUAAGAUUAGAAAUUACAUGAUAAAUUUACAAAUGUCA